CGCAAUUUUUGCUUUACUUUCCGCAUAAUUUUGCGAAUAAUAAUGUGCUAAAAACUUUUAUUUUUGUGUGAGAUCUUUAUAUUAAGUAAAUAUAUCCAUAUCACAUUUGUAAACAAAUAAUAAUAAUUGAUUAGAAUAAAGCGGACAGUUACAAGCUGAUAUUUUUUUUUACAAUACCUUUUAAUGCGUUACUAAAGAUCAUCUUGUUCUGUGCUCGCGACCAUGAAAUCUAGCAAACGAAGACUUCAGGCCCUAACAGAGAACUCCGAUGGAAUGCCCAAUUACCUUAAAAUGGAAGACUCAGAAACAUCGAUCCCUCCAGUAUUUAGGUCUCGCCUGCACGAGCUUUUUUCUCAAAUAGAAAAAGAAUUUGACCUUCUUUAUACUGAGAACUUAAACCUUCAAGAGAAGAUAGACAUUCUCAGUGAGAAGUUAGAAAGAGAAAGUUAUGGAGGAGACCGUCCAAAUUUGGACUACAUAGAAUUUGAAAGCACAGGCAAAACUUCAAAGGCUAAAUUGAGCCAAAGUAAUUCUCAAAAAGUAAAAGCGAGCCACAAACUAAGGGUCCAGACCAGCAAGAUAGUGUCCAGUUUUAAAGCUCCCACAUAUAAUUGCCAGCUUGUGCGGGAGUUCACAGGACAUAAAGAUGGCAUUUGGGAUGUUACCUCAGCAAGACCAGGGCAAGCUCUGAUUGGCACUGCUUCUGCUGACCACACAGCCUGUGUUUGGAGCGUAGACUGGGGGAAGUGCCUCCUUCAAUAUACAGGGCAUCAGGGGUCAGUGAACUCGAUCAGGUUCCAUCCGUCGCGGGACAUCGCUCUCACAAGCAGUGGGGACAACACUGCUCACGUUUGGCAGGCUGCUGUUAACUGGGAUUUGCCUCGUGGCCAGUCUUCCGAAGAAGAAUUAGAAGGUGGUGGCGAAGAGAGUCUCGGAGAAGGCGGCGAGAGGCCAGAAGUCCUGCGAACACCGCUCACAGAACUAAGUGGCCAUCUAGGAGUGGUCGUGGCCGCUGAUUGGCUGACGGGUGGCGAUCACGUGAUCACCGCCUCUUGGGAUCGGACGGCGAAUCUGUACGAUGUUGAGACUGGCGAUUGCUUGCAAGUGUUGACUGGCCACGACCACGAGUUGACUCACGCAUCAGCUCACCACAGCUCUCGGCUAGUGGUCACGGCGUCACGUGACACCACAUUCCGCCUGUGGGACUUCCGCGAGCCCAUACACUCCGUGUCCGUGUUCCAGGGACACACUGAGAGUGUCACUUCAGCAGUAUUCACACGAGAAGAUAAAGUAGUCUCAGGAUCAGAUGAUAGAUCUGUAAAGGUUUGGGACGUUCGCAACAUGCGAUCGGCGCUGGCGACGAUACGUUCGGACUCGUCCGUGAACAGAGUUGGUGUGAGCGGCGCCGGCCUCAUAGCGAUACCGCACGACAAUCGACAAGUCAGGCUGUUUGACUUGCAAGGACAACGGCUGGCUAGACUGCCACGGUCCAGUAGACAGGGCCACCGACGUAUGGUGACAUCAGUGGCAUGGGCGGAAGACAUAUCGAACAUCAACUUCUUCAGCUGCGGUUUUGACCGUCGCAUCCUCGGCUGGUCCAUACAGCCUUCCAAAGAGAACUGAGUAAGCGCCGCCGGUCGAAGGACCUCCAGUUAAAUCUAAACCGUCGAUAAGCUAGAAGAAUUUUAACAUUUGAAAUUAAAAAAAUAAUACCUUAUUAUACUUUUUCUCUAUUACUCAUUUGACUUAUUUGAAAGGUUUGAAAAGAAACAAUUUCUGAUAUUUUUGGUUCUGAGUUGGUUUUCCAUACAUCCAUGGUAACGAUUCUUAGACGAUUCCUAUUCCAAAUAUCUGAUUGAAAUGACCUUUAUCAUCACUACGAUUCUUCAAACUUCGUGAGUGAGUUUGAUGUGUCACGUAAAAAGUAUACCAACCUUGUAUCGUAGACAUAAAGAAGGUGGUCUUUUCUAUGUUAUUAUAUGUAUAUCUUUGUCAAUCUAACAUAUGUAUAAGUUAGAUAAAUUUCAACGAAUUGAUUUUUGUCAGGCUCUUUAUUUAUAGAUAUUUGAGUCACCCCCUUACCCUUAAAGAAGAAAAGAUUUUAAAUUAAAGAAAUACUUCUGGCUUAAUGACUUACACACUACGUUCGCUGAUGGCGUAGUCUCAUCUAUCAUUGAUGAAAGAUUUAAUGGCGUCAUAGACCGGUCAUGAAAUAACAAAAUAUCACAUUUUAUGUUUUAAAUAGUCCUCUUAUAGAAAUAUGCAUUUGUUAUUAUUAUAACAUAUAUCUGUCAAGUGGUUUGUAAGAAAUAGGAUGUUUGUCACUAAUCCAAUAUUAAUUUUAUAUUAUAUGUGCCUGUGUGUAUUAUAUUUUACAGUGGCACGGGUGUAUUUAACUUAACUGAUUUUAAAUACUACUAAAAUAUUAUAAUGGUAUUUGACGUAGUUAAUAUUUCUCUUAAUAAGGGUUCCUCCAAAAACGUAGGUAUAUCCUUCUAAACCUUAUUAUAAAGUUCAAUAUGGCUUCAUCUGAGAAUUUUUUGCAAAAACAUGUGUAAGUGAUUUUGAUAUUUAUAGUCUUAAUAUAUUUGUUUAGUGACAAUCAAUCCUUACCUAUAAGUGUAUCAUUAAUUGUAAUAAAAGAAAAAAGUCUUCUAAAGUGGCUAUUUGAUGGUUGUAGUACCUACUUCAAUUGGUGAUAUUUUCUUAUAGCUGUUUUAUUGGUAUGUAGAUUAUAAAAGUGAGAAAAAAUAUAUUCAAAAUAAUGAAGGAUAUAGACAUUCGAAUAAUGUUUUUUAUUUUUCAUUUUAUAACCUAAUUUUAUUAUAGCACAAUAUUUCAAUAGAUCUAAUAAUAAUGGAAAAUAAUUAUAAUUUUUCAUUUUCUAUUCACAUUUCAUAAUUAAGUUAUGCUUUAGUUGUCAUGUGUAUGUAUUGUUAUAGACAUUAAGCUUGUUGUUGUUUUAGUAGUUUAUUAGUGGUUCUUCGUCCAAUGUUUAGUAUUUAAAUAACUCAGGUUAUCGGGGAAAUGUAUGUGGUGUUGGCCAAAUUAUGUUCUGGAACAUACCCUGAUGCGGAAGGUGAUUUUAUAAUAGUAUAGUGUAUACCUCCAAUAAUUUUGAUGUGUGUCAGUCAUGUUGUGACUAAUAAAUUUACCUCUUUCUUAUUAUCUUAGUGACAACUAUAUGAUAAUGAUUUUAUGUAUUAAAAAAAGAGACAAGGAUUUUUUUGUUUACCAAAUGCAUUGCUCAUAGCUUGAAAUACUUAUAUGAAAUACCUACAAACCUCAGCUUUAUCAUAUUAAUGAAUUGAGUGUUUCGGAAUCAUAUCUAUUUUUCAUGGGAAUGAUUUCCUAUUUGCCAAUAUCCCUAGUUCUGUAUUCCUUUAGUAGGUAGGUAUAGUUUCAAUAGAGUGUCAAAAUAAUAUUUAUGCUAGUUUAUUAUUAGGAGUAAUGAAUGUUAAGGUUACUCUGCGUCAACUAAACGUAAAAUGAACUAUGGUAAAAGUCUGAUAUACUGUUUCUGUAUUUAGCUAAUCAUUAUUUCGCAGCAAAAUCCAUUAUUACUUGUUCGCACAAAGUGAUUUGAAUUCUCAAAAAUAACGUGAGUUUGUUUAGACUUAAAAGGAUACGUGUUGAAAAUGUCACGUGGUCCCUCCUAGUCAGUGAAAAUUUCGUUCUAAACCAAAGAUCUCGAAUAAGCACAUUCCAAGUUCAAGAUGUGUUAAAAUCAAUAGGGAAUUUACCUAUCCUGUUUAAAAUGACGAAAAUCUCACUUUUUUAACUAAGAUCCUAUGAUGAUAAAUCUUUUAAUAGUAUGUUCAUUGUUUCCAGACUUUUCGCACCAAAGUAAUAUAUGUACUAUCUGUACCGUUCUAAGUAUGUAUGUGCCAAUGCCGCACGUUCAGAAACAAGGCUAUUUGUUUUUUUUUUGAGAUAAAAUGUGCUUAUACCACUAAUUUAAUUUAUAUUCACAAAAUAUUCUGUAUACAUUUAAAAAGUCAGUGAAUUCAAAAAGAUUUGAGAUUAUCGAAAAUGGAAUUUGUUACAAAAUUAUUCUUUUAAAAUUAAUGUGACUAUGUGAUACAAAAUCCGGGAAUUUAUGUCUAAUAUUUUUAAGUUGUAGUUUUCUUUGUUCUUCAGCAUUUUAACCUAACAUGUUUGGAGUUGUAUAUUGUGUAAUUAGUUAUUUUUUGGUGUAAAAAUAUUUAGAACUAUAUUAUCCUGUACAUACAAAUUUUAUAAAUAAUGGUGUUUGGGUGAUCUGUAUCUAAAAUAGUUUAAAAAUUACUUAUCACUAAAAUAAUACUUGUGUAAUAUGAAUAUUUGUAUGGAAAGCUAUUCAACAUAGGUAAUGGUAAAAGGUUUUUCGUUAUUCUCUAGUCAGGCUCUCAGUGGUUUGAGUAGAUUUCUUUGUGAUUUCAUUAACAUACAAAGAUUCUAUGUUUAAAUUCCAGCAAUAUGAGCUGAGCUAUGUUUACUGGCAAGUAUACAAAUAAUUGAAAGGUUGUAGUCUGAAGUUUCAUCAUAUUUUCUCCCCCAUCAUGUUCAUUUCUUUAUACCAACUAUCAAAUCAAUGCUGCAGAUACAACUCAGUAGGUAAUAAGUUGGGAAUAUUAUCAUGUUUACUACCAAAAUGAAGGCAAAGGAACAUGUGAUAAAACCUUGAUUAAACACGUUCGGUUCCUGUAUUGUCUACUGACUAAUAGAACUGAUAUUGAAAUCGGAUUAUUUACAUUUCCGGUUUCUAUGCUUGUAGCAGGCAUUAGUUAAUUUCUUCAAUAGUAACUUAUUAUUUUGUAUACUGUACUUGUUUAUCUUGUUUGUAUUUUACAUAAUUGAGUAAUUAUAAUUUAUAAUCUAGUGAAACCAUAAAAAAUUAUAAUUAUGUAAAUUUAAUGAUUUACGAAUGUUGUGUACUACCUACUAACAUGAUCUGAAUAUUUUUGUUAUACCGAUUACGGUACCUACGACAUAA